CUUAUUUGAAGGGUGACUGGUAUUAGUAAACAAAUUAUUGCUUGCACAAAAAAGUGAUGGCUACUAAUUAUAUAUUCAAUAAUCGAUAAAUUUCAAAUGAUUCAAUUGCUGUUUGGGUUGGGCUGCAAAUUGGUGACGGAUGAUGUUCCAGUUGUUGCAAGGGAGAUAAGCCGAUAUCUUGAGGGACUAAUCCAGAUCCACCUAACAUGUUCGGAAAGACAACUGAGCCAUUUGAAAUGCUGUUCAAGAGAUGUUUUUUACAAACGGUAUUAUUGGAUGAGUUAAUGGGAUACGGUGACACUGAAUCGAGUGCAGCUCUUGAUGCUCGACAGUCAGUUUGUGUUACUAUGCACCAUUUUUAUUAAACCAAAUAGAAAGGAAUGAAAACAUCCGACAUCAGUUCCGUUGAGAAUAAAUAUGGUAAUGUGCUCACAGCACCU